AUGACGCCCGAGAUUUCUCGACCACGGGUCUCUUCCAUUGAGCCGGCGACCGACGUCGACCUGGUCGCUGGCUUGUGGCAAGAGGCGCCCUUCGCCCGCUUACCUGCUGACGCUCCGCCCGAACUUGAAGCAUACGUCCAAAACAUCGAGAACCCGGCGCGGGUUUAUGCCAUUCAUCGCGCAAGUCGCCGCCACGACUUUCAGCUUUUAGUUGAGAGAUACGUGGUUCAACUGCGGUACGGUUGCGACAACGUCAACUGCGCAACACCCACCUGCUUCACAUGUCGACGCCGUUUGGCCGGCAAAGCGCCCAUCCGCAGGUACAACGCGACAAGCGCGAGAACGUUGGCUGUAUACUUGGCUAGUCAAGACAAUCCCGAAAACGGAUUAUGUCCCUUCCUCCGCAAAUCCAAGGAGCCAUCUGCAGCCCUUGGUAACUUGAUCUUCUCUCCACGACCACCUUCACCUCCGCAUCCCGACUCCAAGAGAUCUUCCCUCAAAGCAUCCCCAAUCCUGCGCAAGGAUAACCCUUCCACUCGUCAACGUUCGCGUUCAUCUUCCUUCCAAGGAACAGUGCUCAAUUCCACCAACAACCCGGCAUAUCCGACUCAUGCCGACACCAAAUUCCAUACGAACCAAGCUUCAAACUCGACGCAAAGUGACGAUGCACCUCAUAUCCGCGUCGUUGAGGCUCCCGUUAGCAAAGAUCAUCGAUCGUUUGCCGCCAAUCUUUUUGGAACCGUAACCUUCAAGAUGCUUGAAUGGCUCACACCUCGAGGCAUGACGGUCAUGUCGCAGCAAGUCAACGACAUCGCAGGGCCGCAUCGGACGAAACCAGCAAUCAACGUCAAUACUCCCCAGGAACGGACAGCACCACACCCUGAACGUCAGGCAUCCACUCCAUCUGGGUCCAACACGAAGCCAAAUGAAGCACAUGAUAUGGCCCCUCCAAAGCCUGAAAUUGGACUUAAUGAUGCUUCAUUCUGUGCCAAGGGUGCUAGAUCCGGGCACGGCUCGAUCUCGAAGUCAAGGGGUGGAGCAUCCCCAAAAGCCAAGAAGACGCCUUACGAACCAGUAAACCCCAUCGAAAGAAGGGACAACACCAAAUCAACCAUCUUAUCUCCUCGGAUGAGCAGUAUCCUCCAUGACAAGCCAGCGCAACCGAAGGCCACUAUCACAACGUCAGCUCGGGCAAUACCAGAAGCGCCAGCAAGACCCGCCUUUUUCGAAAACGUGACAAAACCCUCACAUCCUUCAAUACCGACAGGUUCUCCUCCAUCUUCGCCAUGUGCACCACGAGAAGAGCACAACACUGAGCAUCUCGGUACGCCAAGCCGUCAUCCUAAACAUGGUGCCCAGGUGCUACAGGUGAAAGACUCCGUUGAGGAAGACGCAGAGCCUCUAUCUGUGUGGUUGAAUGAAACCUUGCCCCAGGCGUUAUCCCGACUUAAUGUUGAUCUUAUCAACUUCAUAUGUGACGUUUACGAAGAAGAUGGGACCUUAGAGAGCUACCUUGCCACGCCCCAGGAAACGGGCAACACAUAUCCCAAGCCGGAAAACGCCUCACAUCCCUUGUGUCGUCGAUCGUCCUCUCCCACGACUAUCUCCAAGAAGCAAUGGAAGGGUUUCAAUGAGCAAACUCUUUUCAAUGUUCUCAUGGACCCGAAGGCUGUGGUGCAGUCUUUCACCUGCGACAAUAAACUCUACGACUCCCAGACUCUAUGGUAUUGUCUCUAUCGCAUGAACCACGUUGCAUCAAGUCUUGUUCUUCACAGCCUUUGGUUGGCAGCGGGGCGCUUGUUUGUCCCUUCACAAGACAUUCAAGUACAUCGCUUGGCUGGGGUCAGGGGCAGGAAGGUUCAACGAGGUGCCGAAGGGCUCUCAAGUGUUGAUGCAGGGUACUUGAUGUCCAUCUGCAUGCAUGCUUUGGUCGCUGCGGCGCCGGUUGUGCCUGACUCACGCACCUUGUACGAGAUGUCGCGAAUACGCUCCAACGGCCUGACACUUGCUGGCGGUACCGCGGUAGCACGGCAGCCCUCAUCUCGUUGUUUAGGGUAUGAUGAUGUUUUCUCGAACGACCUAGCCGUCAGACUUGCCCGACGAUUAUUUUGCGCAAUUACAGCCAGGCGUUGUUUUGCAGACAUGACAUGCUCUCCAGCUGCCUCAAACAUCAAAACUCCCGACCCCGAUAUCCUACAGCCUCUUGUAAGCCAGCUCGACUUUCUCAGCACGGGCUCGGCCUCGGUGCUAGAGUUCGCGCAUUCUGAACGCCUCUUGCACGAAACACGCGUUCCGACAGUGCUUCUCGAUUGGGCCCGUACCAUCAUCUUGAACGAGUGGAAUGGAAAACCCGACUUCGCCAUGGAUGGACCCUUCGGAGGAGCCUUGUCAUUCAUCGAGACCAUGCACACUAACAGAAACCUCCUCCUUCUAGGCGAUAUCCAAUUCCGUGUUGAUUACCUAUCAGACCGAUUGGACUCGGUUGAAAUGCCGGUUGACUGGUUAUCUUUUUCUUCGACGCGCUGGAGACGACAUAUCUUGGACUAUCCUUACAUAUUCAGCCCCGAUACCCUAGUCUCAUUCUUCCGCUCUAUCAAUUUCGCUCGGAUGAGUCGCGUGUUUGAGGAGUCGAGCUCUCUCAAAACUCGGAUGAGCGCCAUCAUUGACCCUGGAAGUCUCGUCACCAACCCACACCACAAGAGGGUGUUGCAAGACCUCUUGAAAACAGGCUCAUCCAAAUACCUGAUACUCGAAAUAAGUCGCAAAAAUGUUGCUCGAGAUGCGUUCGACCAACUAUGGAGGCGGGAAGAGAGGGAGCUUCUCCGCCCAUUGAAGGUGCAUUUGGGAGAGGAAGGCGGGGAAGAGGGCUUCGAUUCGGGAGGUGUUCAGCAAGAGUUUUUUCGAUUGGCCAUCGCAGAGUGCUUGGACCCUGCAUAUGGCGCCUUCACAGUCGACGAUCGGACACGCAUGGCCUGGUUUGCCCCUGGGUCACUCACCGAAGAUUGGAAGUAUGAGCUCGUCGGACUCUUGAUGUCACUGGCCCUGUUCAAUGGGCUGACCCUGCCUAUCACCUUUCCCAUGGCCCUGUACCGGAAACUACUGGGCAAGCCGGUCGCAGAGCUUCACCAUAUUGCUGAUGGGUGGCCGGAUCUGGCGAGCGGGUUGACAACACUCCUAGAAUGGGACGAAAAGGAUGGUCUGGUUGAGGAUAUCUUUGCCCGCACCUACGAGUUUUCAGUUUCUGCCUUGGGUACCAACAUCACCAGGGAAAUGUCUGCAGACAGGAGCGUGGUUUGGCCCAGGGCAGCUGCAAGCUCAGAUGAUGUCGCUCCGCCCCAGACUUCGAACCCAGACGACGCCCCCCUGGUGACGAACGAGAACCGAGAUGAUUAUGUCACUCAUUACAUUCGCUAUCUCACGGACAUCUCCAUUCGGCGGCAAUACAUUGCCUUCGAACGUGGCUUCAACGCAUGCCUAGACAAGAAAUCACUUUCUCUACUCAGCCCCUCCACUCUGCAGUCACUGGUGGAAGGCAUCCAAGAAAUUGACAUCUCGGAACUCAAACGGUAUGCACGCUACGUCGGCUGGGACGCGUCGCAUCAUACUGUUAAAGACUUCUGGUCUGUCGUGAGAAGGUACGACGAUAGGAUGAAACGCAAGCUGCUGGAGUUCGUGACAUCCUCAGACCGAGUUCCAGUUGGAGGCAUCAAAAAUCUUCAGUUCGUGAUUCAGAAAAACGGAGAGGAAGAGGGGGAUGGCGGGCACUUGCCCACGGCUUAUACAUGUUACGGGACUCUCCUUCUUCCCGAAUAUAGAGAUAAAGACGUAUUGAGGGAACGGCUCGGAAUGGCGUUGGAAAAUGCACAGGGGUUCGGCUUUGCUUGA